CUUCCAGAAAUAUGAAACAAGCGUCUGUUCACAGAGAGCGUCUGCCAAACAUGUGAAGAAAUCCCCGUGCGAGAUGUUACUAGACAAAUGGUUGUGUGUCAGAACAAUAAUAUAAAUUAUACAUUAUAUAUUAAUAUAAAACGUGAUUUGUCUUGCAACUCCACAAUACGUUUUUUUUUAUCUUCCUUGUCCUGUAAAAUGGAUAAAUCAUAUCAAAUAUAAACACCUUAUGUACGUCAUGGUUACCUGAAAAGCGAAAUCCUUGAUCAACUUAUUAUAAUAUACAAAAUUCAAAUAUGACCUUUAGAUUCAGUUCCACAUUAACGUCAAACUGUCUGAGGACUGAGUUUCAUUUCUCCAAAUGAACCUCAACUGCCUCCCUCAUGACAAGAAUAGAGGAGGUGCUGGAAGAAAAAAAAAAAAAAAUGAGUCGGAAAAUGGAAAGGAAAUGGUGUGGUUUGUGUAACCUGCUUUGGAGCUGCGCAUUUCAAAAUUUCAGAUAGUUGAGGUUCGCAAUUAUGUGAUAAGGGAGGGGAACAAACAUACAUGCAGUUUGUGUGAGAACAUGCGAGGUGUGUCUUGGUUUGAUAUGCACGAGGAAGUCUGCGUUGCCCGCUCAGAGAAAUAAGCUGCUGCUCAACUGUUUGUCUCUUCAUCAAUCUGUGAUAAUGUCUACACAAGUCAACUGCACCAACCUGUACUCCCACUAUCUAGUGGCACGUGUGUUCAUGCCACUGGCCUACUCCAUCAUCUGUCCACUGGGGCUGCUGGGCAACGCUCUGGCACUGCAUGUCACCUACACCAAGCUGACCAAACUCAACUCCAGCACAGUGUACUCUGCCAACCUGGCAGUGUCAGACUUGCUCUUCUGCCUGGUGCUGCCAUUGCGGGCCAUGUACUACGCCUUGGGCUUCCACUGGCCUCUGGGAGAGGGACUAUGCAAGGCCACAGCCUUGCUCUUCUACCUCAAUUGCUAUGCAGGUGUUAAUUUUAUGACCUGUCUUGCUGUGGAUCGCUUUGUUUCCGUAGCACUGCGGCCGAGGUUUGUGUGGCUCCGGAAAAUGCGGAACGUGAAGGUCAUUUGCGUGUUAAUGUGGGUGCUGGUGUUGGCGCAGACGCUGCCAUUACUGACCAUGCCCAUGACUCAUACGGAGCAUGAUGGCAAAAUAACUUGCAUGGAGUACCCUAAUUUCGAGCGCACCGUCCAAGGCUUGCCUUACAUUCUGAUUGGAGCUGUGGUUUUGGGCUACGGGAUUCCGUUGGGGACGAUCCUCUUCUGUUACUCGGCGCUCUCACACAGACUGCGGCAGGCUGCCAAGUCCAACCGUUUGACCGAGCGCUCUGGAAGGACGCAUAAGGCACGGUCAGUGAUCGCUGGCGUGGUGCUGGUGUUUGUCGUGUGUUUCAGCCCGUACCACGUGGACCUGCUGCAAUACAUGAUUCGGAGGCUCGUGUCGGAGCCGAACUGCGAUGAGCAGCACUCUUUCCAAAUCUCCCUGCACGUCACUGUGUGCCUCAUGAACUUCAACGCGUGCCUUGACCCAUUUGUUUACUUCUUCGCGUGCAAUGGCUACAAGAAGAAAGUGCUGAACCUGCUGAAGCGCAGGGUCAGCCCGUCGCUCUCCAGUGCAGCACCCAGUUCACCUGAGAGCUCAGGCGCUCAUGAACAACUAUCCCACCACAACAGACAUCUGAUCCUGAACACCAUCAAGAACAGCUCCUGAACUUCAAAACACCUCAUGGAAGCCCUCUGCCCUCGGGAUCUAUUUUCUGGACAUACAUCUAGACCGAUUUGCACUGGAUAAGAGAUUUCUCAAUACGGAGCUGGCAGAGUUUACAUGAAGAGUUUCAUCACACCAAAACAAGUACUCAUACGCUUUCCUUUGAGAUAAGGGAUCUAGUAGAACCCCUUUAGGAAGGCAGAACCCUUGACGGAAAAUAUAAACGUUUUUGAACAUCAUCGAUAUUUUAUUGUUUGGAAAAUCUAGUCAGUCAACACUUGGUUCAAGGUUUGUACGAGUUUGACGUAAUAGAAAAAGAUCACUUCCUAAAGUGUCUCCGUAGUAGAAAAACAAAAACAAACAAAAUCUUUCCCAACACGUCAAUUCACAGGGUACUUCACAAGGACCCUACAAUUCACAAGGACCCUACUGGUCCUUUUAUAGGAUCUACACAAUCUUUUCAGAGUUUUUAAGGGGAUGAGAAUCUACCUGACAUGACUGGUUUUAAAAUAAAAAAAAAAAUAAAAUAAAAUAAAAAAUAUCAUACAGAUACUAUGCUACUAACUACAUUACCAUGCUUCCGGAUAUAAAAACGAUCCUCUCCGAGUAGGGCUUGGGAUGGAUUACUUCCAGAGUGCAUGCGCAAGGAGAAAACCAGGAGAGUGAGGAGAACCGCUUAAUAUGGAUAGAAUAUUGAAAUAGUAGAGCAGAAUAUCAACGCAGAUAUUUAUAUUCCUAUUAAGACUACAGGAAUUGUGGUACAGAUCAAUAUACGUAUAUCAGAUGUAUAGAAUAUGCAUACAAUGUGUGUAUGUAUAAAAUAUAAAAGUGUCCUAGCAGUAAAUGGCAAUGAAUAAAUUGUGUGUGUGUGUAUAUAUA